UUAAAUUUUCACCAUUACCAACUCUGCCGCCGCUGCCGUCGCCGGCGCCGGCGCCGCCAAAACCAGAGAGGAAUGACGGCAUAUGGUGCAGUGAAUUCUCUGAGGAAUACAAUUGAUUAUAUUCUCCACUCUUCUCAUUUUAGCCUCCUUGAGCCCUCUCCACAAAUCAUACAACUCGCCUACCAGGAGUUGAAUCCAUUGCAAGAAAUUCUAGAAAAAUUGGAAAGCACAAGAACAAGCAAGAGCAGGAAGAAGGUGAAUGGUUUGGAUGGAAGAAUCAAAGACUUGAUAUGGGAAUUCCAAGACUUACUGGAAACUCUUCUCUACCAACAGAUUCUUUCACAAUUUCAUGCAGACCAUGUGUAUGAAGAAAUGAAAGACAGAGUAUUGGAAUUCCAAAGCUCAUUGAAAUCCCUUCCCUCACAGCCAGAGUUUCCAUUACAAAGCCGCACAACUUCAAGAAGAAGAAGAAGACUGGUGGUGCAGAAACACAAAGGAAGAAAAUUCUGCACUCCAAGAAUAAUGAGUGAAUCUGAGGCUUCACAAUCCAGAAGUCUAGAAGAUGAUGUUGGGGUUGAGAGAAUCGGAUUCUCCAUUGAUCUACAAUCCCUACAACAUCAUGUUCCUUCCUUCAUCAAGAGCCUCAAAGAUAUGGAGGAGGAAUACAUUUAUGAAGUAGACAAUAUGCCUGAAGCCGAGGACGACGAGGAGGAUGAAUCUAUUUCCAAAACAAGUGGGCCCAAGUCCAAGCUGAUUGGAUUAUCGGAUCAAUUCCAACAACUCAAAGGGAAUGUUAUGAAAAGUUAUUACAUGAGGCUUGUAUACUUUGCAAUUCUUGGAACUGCAGGCGUAGGGAAGACUGCUCUUGCUGAGGCAGUUUUUGAAGAUCCUGAAAUCAUGAGCUGUUUUGAGCAUCGCGCGUGGGUCAGGGUAGGCAGAAAAUCUCAAUUCGAUGAAGUCUCACGGGGCAUUCUAGCUCAAAUGUUUGGAAUAACACAAGGAGUUCAGGAAUUAGGUGCUUACUUUGAACAAAUAUCGGAGGGAAAGAAAUGCCUCAUUGUGCUUGAUGAUGUGUGGGAGACAGAGAUAGUGGAAGCCUUGACAAGUUCCUUAGAUGGCAUAUCUGAUAAUCCAGAUAAGGGAUCCAUUCAUAUAUUGGUUACUACUCGAGACCAAACCCCAACUUCAUCAAUGUGCUAUCCUAGUAGUUUAAUAUUGGUGCGGUUUUUGAAGGAAGAAGAAAGUAAGGAGCUACUAUGCGAGAAGGUGUUUGGUGAAAAGGAUUGCCCUUUUCAACUUGACAAAGCCGCUACCAAAAUUGCCAAGAAUUGUGAAGGUCUUCCUCUCACGAUAGUCACAGUGGCUGACAUCUUAUCAAAAGCCGAGAAUACAGACCCCAGUUACUGGGAUGAUGUAGCAGAAAUGCGAAAUUCAGUCUUCACGGAUGCAUAUAAUGAGAUAUCAAAGGUACUUUUUCCAAGUUACGACUACUUGCCUCAAUAUCUUAAAAUGUCUUUUCUGUAUAUGGCAGUCUUCCCUCCAGAUUAUGACAUCCCCAAAUCCAAGAUCAUUAAUAUGUUGGCUACUGAGGAUUGGUUUCAUAACACACGAAAAAAACAAUCUUUGGAGGAUUCUGUAUGGAAAUGUUUGAAUGAGCUUUGUUCGGCUAGGAAUCUUGUUUUAUUCAGUGGAAGGAGCAUUUAUGGGAACCGGUGGACUGCUGAUUAUAGCAACUAUAAAACUUGUCGCAUUCAUUGUUCGUGGCGGCAUGUGUGUAGAAGAGAGGCUCAGAAGAACAAGUUUUAUCAAGUCUUAAAAAAGCUUGUUGAAAGCUUAGAAGAUGACGUAAAAGGUCAGCGUUGCUUGUGUCUUGAAACCAACAUUUUAUUUAGCAUCAACGACUUUUGCAGCUCCGUGAGAUUGAACUGUGCAUCUUCUGCACGUUCUCUCCUUUUUUUUGGUCCAUACCAUCAGUAUCCAAUCCCAAUAGGUGACGAUUUCAAAUUGCUUGGGAAACUAGAUGCUCUUAAUCUACGUUUGUACACUUUCCCAACAGAAAUUCUCACACUUUCCCUACUAAAAUACCUUGCUCUAACUUGCAAUGGAGAACUCCCUACAACCAUAUCCAAACUUUUCAACCUUCGAGUCUUGAUUAUCCAUCCACAUAACAACAUUAGAAUUUGUAGAGCUCCAUCAUAUGUACCAAUACAAUUAUGGGAUAUGAAAGAGUUAGAGCAUCUUGAAAUCUUGGGAAAGAGCCUUAUAGCUCCAAGUCAUUUUGCUUCUUUGGAAAAACUCUCAGCACUCGUAGGUGUGAAUGCCAGCAUUUCUACUAUCUUGGAACUCUCACAAAAAGUUCCUUGUAUAAGGAAAUUAGGAGUUCAGAUUGAGCUGACGCCUUAUGAUGACCAUAACGAUCUUAUCAGUUGCUUUGGUUGUAUUUCAACGCUUGAAAGUUUGGAGAUACUGAAAUGUAGCAUCAUAAAUCCUGUGGUAAAGUACGAUUCUGCAUUUCCGAGUUCAUUGAUGAUGUUUCCAAGAGGAUUGAAAAAAUUACAUUUGAGUGGCAUGGGUUUUUCUUGGGAAUACAUGGAUGUAAUUGGCUCUUUGCCAUUACUUGAAGUGCUCAAAUUGCGAGCCUAUGCCUUUCGGGGUUCAAAGUGGGAAGCGCGAGAGGGAAGUUUUAUGAAAGUUAGGUUUCUUCUGAUUGAAGACAGUGAUUUGGUGCAAUGGAAACCAAGAUCUGGAAGCUUCCCUGAGCUUAGAUUCCUAAGCAUGAAACAUUGCUACAAACUAGAAGAGAUCCACUGGUUCGGAACUAUUGAAUUAGAGAACUGCAACCCUGUAGCUUUGACAUGGGCCGAGCAAUUACAACCAAACCAAGGUGAUUUCCUUGAAGUUACUGCCUCUUCUUCUUUUGACGGGAAGCCCGUUACUAUCAAGUUUGAAAGGUGUGGGCCUGAGUCCGAGUCCGAGUCCGAGUCUGUGACUGAGUUUGAGUUUGAGUAUGGGUCUGAGUCUGAAUAAAAGAGCCAAAAAGGUGAGACACCAUGUUCUCCAUCCCCUGUUUAUAACUUCAGUUGUUUUAUUAUUGUGUUAUCUAACAAUUGUGACUUAUUUUGGAUUCUGCUGAGGAUUAUAAGCUCUGAGUGAAUUAUGUGUGGAAUGAAAACUGUAAUUGGUUGGGUUUGAUCGGAGAGCUUAAUUAGUAUGCGAUUCAAGGACACUAAUCGAGCAACGUAUCACGAUACUAAAUCUUAUUUUAUCUACCAAACCGAACACCCCCUUAAAUGAGUGGAUAAGUUUGGAUCACAUUUUGCUGUAGUAGAUUUAGCACACUCCUCUCACUUGACUUCUGCUGCUGUGAAUUUUGCCCAUCACUUUUGAGUCGAGUCGAGUGUAUGCUCAUUGGAGCAGUUAGGUUCAGCUAUGCAUAAAAAUUGCAUGGAUUGGGUUCUGUUUUGUUUCUGCUAGAAGCCAAUGUUUUUGUUUUGGAUGAUAGUCUAGAUAUAAACAACAAUUAUGUACACAAAUUCUCUGCAUAUUUUGAUGGAUUGAAUAAUUCAAGCUUUA